AUGGUUCAGUCAUUAGAAGAUGUUGCUGAACUCCGUGAAAUUGAAAAAAAUAAUGAUGCAAUGAAAGUGAUUUGCGUCCAGUUUCGGGACAUUAAGUUCAAGGACGGCGUCCUGUACAUCCCCCACCUUUUUAUCCACGACGAGACCAAAUCCCUCUUCCUAAUUCUCAUAGUCUUCGAGCAGUGUCAUUUGGAGUGCGGCAAUCACAUAACCUCAUACCUUACCUUUAUGAAUAACCUCAUUAACUCGGAGGUGGAUGUCGGAUACUUGCAUGACAAUGAAAUUAUCGAAAAUUGGCUCGGGAGCGAUGGGGAGAUGGCCGAUAUGUUUAACUGGCGUUGCCAGGAGGUAGUGUCCAACAUUAAUGAUUGCUACUUGUCAGAGCUACCGGAGCAGAUGAAUCGCUACUAUAACAAUAAAUGGAAUACUUUGAGAGCCAGCUUUAACCAUAAGUACUUUAGUAAUUCAUGGGCUUUCAUCUCUUUGAUGGUUGAUGUUGUCCUACUUUUGCUUACUGCUUUACAGAUGUUCUAUACUGUUUAUCCCUAUUACAAGCCAAAGUAG